AAACAGCUGGUUUUAAUUCUGAAAUAAUCAAGCACGAGAGGCAGAGAUUGAUUCAGUGAAGUGCUAACGUUAACGUUUUAAUUAAGAAGUGAAAGACCCUGUUUGCACAGGUAGCUGAAACGUAAAGAAAACAACAUACUCGUCUGGGUCUUGAUUUACUUCGGAUUUGGAAGACGUUAGUGGUAUUUUUAUGAAAUGGGUAAAGUGAGUUUUUAUGUCCUCUGGUCCCUUCGUGACGCUCCCCGACAGCUGAUCAGUAAAUUCAACCGGCUCGGCUACCAGUCUCAGAUACCCUUGCCAUUGCCAAAACAGCUGGUGGUGUUUAGCCUUGGAGACUGGAGGUCCUAUUCGAGAGACACCAGCAUCACAGUAGAGGUGUCUGUCAGUCCAGAUGUGACGCCCCAGAAGAUAGGAAGGUUGUCAGCUGAAACAAGGUGUCUGGUGUGGGAGGGGGAAUGGAGGCUUGAUCUACUCACCGCUGCAAUGGAACAAGCAGACAGAGGAGUCUUUGGUAAACUUCUGCUCACAGUCAAUGGACAGGUUAAAACCAGUUUUACCAGCAGCACUCCAGUGUCCUCCAGGAAACGGCUCAAUAUGGACUGCCAGUCUUCAUCCCAGCAGGUGGAAACCAUGACAACACUGCUGUUCAGUGGAGUACAUCAAUUGCCAAAGACACCUGAACGUACAGUUUUAGGAAGGAGUAAGAUUCCGAAUUUAAGCGCUGGGGAUCUGAGUGUCAUGAGAAGCACCAUCAAAGACUCCCCACCUUCAAAAAAGAUGUGCACGCUGUCGGUGGCAAGAAGUGAUGAGGAAAAAGAGGUCCGGUUUCUGAACAAAGCAACGAAAUCUGAGAAAGAACUUGUGGAGAAGAUCACUGAAGAGACUGAACUGGAUAUGAAGGUGCUUCAAGUGUGUCCGAAUCCACGGUGGGGUCAUAGAAUGUGUCUCAGUGACCCGGAGACUGCAAUUCUGAUUGGUGGAGAGGGCAGCGAGCAGAAGCACUGCAAAGACUCCCUGUGGAAACUUGAAAUCGAUAAUGAUUUUUGGUUCCCAAUGGACUCUUCUGUCUCUGGCCCCACUCCAUCCUGUUCUCGGGGUCACUCAGCCACGUAUGACCCCGAAUCGAAGCGCAUUUAUGUUUUUGGUGGGGUGAAGGAUGGCAAGCGUUACAGUGACAUAUACAUGCUGAACACUUUAACAUGGAAAUGGUCUCUCAUACCUGCAAAAGGUAAAAUCCCUACACUGGCUUAUCACAGUGCAACAAUCUAUAAAAGGGAGCUGUUUGUCUUUGGAGGCAUCUUCCCAAAUCUUUCGCCUGAAGGGAAAGCUCCCAGUAACGCACUCUAUAUAUUUAACCCGGAGUAUGAAAUCUGGUACCAGCCUAUUGUGGAAGGAGAGAAGCCACUGCCCAGAUUCGGUCACUCGGCCACUCUGUUAACAAACAAGCUGAUCAUUUUUGGUGGCAAAAAGACUCUAGCCUUCCUCAACGAUCUCCAUAUAAUGGACCUAGGUUUCAUGGAGUACACGUCUGUACAGUAUGCUAACUCGCCUCCAGUGCCUCGCGGGUUCCAUGCUGCUGUACCAGUGUCCGAUAACAAAGUGCUCAUCAGUGGUGGCUGCAGUGCAAUUGGGGCCCUACAGGACAUGCAUUUAUUUAAUUUGGACAAUAGCACCUGGAGUUGUAUAACUCCCUCAGGCCUUUGCUCAGUACCCCGGGCUGGACACAGCAUGAUCAAUCUCGAUGUACCUCGCCUGACUGACGCUGAGAAAGAGAAACAACCCAAUGGAACGUUCUGCAUGAUUCUCAUGUUCGGGGGCUCAGAUUGUUCUGGGAAGUUCUACAAUGAUACAGUAAAAUCCAUCUUAGAAAUCUAGAAGAAACAAACUCAUUACUGACCUCAACAGUGGGACGAAGCCUUCCUUUGGUAAUGUUUGAAAUAAUGUUUCUUAAAUACAAAUGUGCACAUAUAUUUUUUAUAUCCAAUAUUUUGCCAAUUUCCAUCUCUUUUCUUAUUAAACACUGAUUUCACUGUAGAAGUUGAUAUGCAUGAAGGGUUCCCAUCCUUCCACUGAUGUAUUGUACAGCUGUUCCACAGUUGCAUGUUGUUUUUUGUAUUCAAAUGUGUUUCCAGAUGUGUUCUAUAUGGCCUCAGUGAUAGUCAAAUGAGGACCAUAGGGACAGAGACCAUUUGCAAUGAACCAGGGGUUUGUGACCAGGUUUGAACAGGUUCCAAACUGGAAGUUUUUAAAUGAUUAUCCUAGCGGUCCUGUUUUAGAUGGUACAGAAAAAUGAGGGACAUUCGUGUUUAAGACUGAACAAUGAAAGUGUGUCAUUGUUUCUGUAUUGCUGAACCUCUAAGUAAAUUGCCUUGAUGUAGCACCUAUUUCUGAGCAAACAAAAUCCAACAUUUAUAUAUCGCUCUUGCCAUCUCACGCAUCUUGUCCUGUACAAGUGCAGCAUGCUUGACUUGUAAUCACUUUUAACGAUUAAUGUUCUACAUUUUAUAUGGUAGGUAUUCACUUCAAACUCUUGGAUUUAAUGGUCUGUGUUAUGGGCACUUUGUAAAUAAGCAUAGAUGUGUUUUUAUGUAAAUAUUGAAUUUUAUUUAUUUUUCAACACCUUUUUUUUAAAUUAAAUCACUUCCUAACAAAAAAA